UCUUCCCCUCACCUUCUCUCUUCCUCCUUUUAUAUCUUCGCCUAACCUCUCACUGCAACCCUUCACCCCUCUUUCUCUCUCCUGCAAAAUUCCGACCGUCGCUUGGCCGGCGGGGUGAAAUGACUGAAGAAGGAACGGAGCGAGCUGCGAUUCCGAUUCCGAUUCCGGUCGUCCCACAGUUGCGUCUCGCUCCAAUCGUCUGAGGAUGGGAUCGAGGACCAUCCUCGCCAUCAACAAGGGCUCGAAUCGUGGAUGAGCUUGAAAACGGUCCCAAUUCGGAUAAAAUCCGCCUAGAGAUGUGGCGAAUUACGCGCUCCCUUUUCCUUAUCUACCAGACACAAAGCAGAUGCUCUUUCCAUGUCCUUUUCUAGCUGGAAUCUCUCCCGACAUUGCUGUCUUCUCGCCUUGAUCCCAACUCGAGGAAAGCUCACUCAUCGCUUGUCGAGUCCCGCACAAGAAAUUCCACUGAACCCAGAGCCUCGCGGAACUUCUUCCCUCGAUUUCCGGCUAUGAAUCGGCUCUAUCUGAACCGGAGGUUCCUCGAGACGGACCUCGGCAUGCCGCCGUCGGCGGCCAGCGAUUCGUACAUCAGCGAGACGAACUUCGACACGAACAUGGUGAUCAUCCUGGCCGCCCUGCUCUGCGCCCUGAUCUGCGCCCUGGGCCUCAACUCCAUCGUCCGGUGCGCGCUCCGCUGCGGCCGGAGGUUCGUGGCGGAGACGCCGGAGCAGGCGGCGGCGAGGCUGGCGGCCACCGGCCUCAAGAGGCGCGACCUGCGUCAGAUCCCAGUGGCGGUGUACGGGUCGGCGGCGGCGAACAUCCCGGCGACGGAGUGCCCGAUCUGCCUCGGCGAGUUCGUCGACGGGGAGAAGGUGCGGGUGCUCCCCAAGUGCAACCACGGGUUCCACGUGAGGUGCAUUGACACGUGGCUGCUCUCGCACUCGUCCUGCCCCAACUGCCGGCACUCGCUCCUAGAUCGGCGGCCGCCGGAGGACGAGCCCGCCGUCGUUGUCCAGUAGCUGCAGAAUCGUGCUGCGGCAGCUGAGGUAAAAAGAGGACCGCUGUAAAAUUUCUCGGUUUGACUGUGUAAGGCUGAGGCAGUGUGUGUGCCCGCUUUAGUUUUGGAGGUGGAAGUUUCAGAUGUGUAGGAGGAGCGACAACGCGGCGGAACGAGUUGCCGUGCCGAUGCGACUCAGCGAGUUUCGAAAAUUUGAGCGACCUAGUUUUCCGGAUUGA